UUGAAUCAGACUAAACUACGCUCUGAAGAAUAUAUUCAUUUGCGAGAUGCAGUUGUGAAUGAUGGUAAUACAACCAACGUUGGAAAGCUAACUAUUUUGCCAUCUUCAUUCAUUGGCAGUCCACGUCACAUGCAAGAAUAUGCUCAAGAUGCAAUGUCAUAUGUUCGUCAUUAUGGGCGUCCAGAUUUAUUUAUCACUUUCACUUGCAAUCCAGUUUGGGACAAGAUACAGCAGCUGUAAUUUCCUGGGCAAUCACACGUGGAUAGGCAUGACAUUAUAGCACAUGUUUUCCGGCAAAAGCUUAAAUCGCUGAUGGAUUUCAUUGUGAAACUUGAAGUAUUUGGAUCUGUGCGCUGCUGGAUGUAUUCAGUGGAAUGGCAGAAGAGAGGAUUACCACAUGCACAUAUACUAAUCUGGCUCUACAAUAAAAUAACUUCAGACGAAAUUGAUGACGUGAUAUGCGCUGAGAUUCCACGGGCUGACAGUGAUAAGGAUUUGCAUGCAGUGAUCAUCAAAAACAUGAUACAUGGACCAUGUGGUACACUAAAUCCAAAUUCACCAUGCAUGGUAGAUGGGAAAUGCUCUAAGCAAUAUCCUCGAGCAUUUACAGCAAACACAGUAACAGGCGACGAUGGAUAUCCUCGGUAUAGAAGACGAUCAACUGAAGAUGGUGGAAAUUCGGCAACUAUACACAUGCGAAAUGGUGAUAUUGAUGUAGACAACCGUUGGGUGGUUCCAUAUUCUCCUUUACUGUCAAAAACAUACCAAGCCCACAUAAACGUAGAAUAUUGCAAUUCUGUGAAAUCGAUUAAAUAUAUCUGUAAAUAUGUAAAUAAAGGCAGCGAUAUGGCAGUUUUUAGUGUGCAAUCUGAUAAGUGGAAUGUAACUAGAAAAGUAUUUGUACGGCGCAAACGAGGGGAGCCAGUCAACGGUCACCCUGGCAUUUUCAAAGAAAAUACAAUUGGUAGACUUUAUACAGUGCAUCCCAAUCAAGAUGAAUGUUUUUACCUUCGCAUGCUAUUGGUAAAUGUGCCUGGUCCUACAUCUUUCCAGCAAUUAAAAAUAGUUGACGGCGUCACACAUGCCACUUUUCGCGCUACGUGUCAAGCUCUGAAUUUAUUAGAAAAUGACCAACAGUGGAACAUAUGAAUCAAUGAUGCGUGCAACACUGCACAUCCAAACCAAAUUCGCGCAUUAUUUG